UCAGCCAUUUGAACUUGUUUACCUUCUGAACAGAGAGAGAGAGAAAAUGAUGCAAAAAAUAAUAAAGCGGAUCGGACCCAAAUAUGUCUCCAUUGCCAGAACGUGGGUUCCCACGCUGGUCGGAUGGGGUACAGUUGGUGGCCUGGCUGUUGUCUAUUUUACAGACUGGCGGGUGAUUCUGGAUUAUGUUCCCUACAUUAGAGGCAAAUUCAAGAAGGACGACUAGUUGUCCAGAUCUGUGGAAAUCGGUUGCUGUGCAUUUUCACAGGGAACAAACCAAGCUGAUGCUUUGACUAGCCAGGAUAUGCGGCGCUGGUGAUGUGACAUUCAGCCAUAAAGACCGAAGAUCUGUCACUUCAUUUUAUGUGUUGAAUCAUAUCUAAUGAUGUUGUUUUGUGUGUGUGUAAAUCAGACUAGCAUGUCUUGCUAACAAGUUGUUGUCUGUACAGGGAGUUGGAAAUGGUUCUUUUUUAUGCUUGGCACAUCACUCCGCUUGAGUUUGCACACUGAAGUAUAAUUAAUGCGACAGUUUGUACAUAUUCCUUGUACUUCUUAAUAAACUGUGCACUUUUUGUUGAUGGAAAUCAGCGCCUCUUUGAGGAGGCAUCUUGCUUUCUUACCCAUACAAAAUGUUCCCAUGGUAACCAUGGUUUCUGCCAAAAUGCCCCUCACGAAAAAAGACAAUCUCCCAGAAUCCCAUGCACAUGUAUUCCAGCACAAUCCCACAGGAUUUUCGUAUGGGAUUUCCUGCAGGACUUUUAAAAUCCCACAAGACUCGCGCAGGAAGCCUACUAACGUUA